UCCUAAUUCAGACACAAAGUGCUUCUCUCUUACCACGAUGGCCAACGGUGUUACUUCUACGAAGUUCUUUCUCAUUGCUCUUUUACUCUAUACUUUCACCGCCGUUACCUCUCAAGUUGCAACCACAAAUAAUUAUGCGUCUGACGAAGCCAUUCUCAUAACCGUGGACCAGUCCGGCAAAGGAGAUUACUGGAAAAUACAAGACGCCAUUGAUGCCGUGCCGUCGAAUAAUGUGGAGAAUGUGUACAUUGCAGUUAAACCUGGAACUUAUACUGAAAAAAUUUGGGUGCCUGCAGAUAAGCCAUUUAUUACGAUAGCCGGCGCGGGGCCGGGCGAGACGAUAAUAACAUGGAGUCAGGGUGGGGAGAUAUACGACACUCCAACCUUCACCGUCCUGGCUUCUGAUUUUACCGGACGAACCCUCACAAUUCAGAACACGUACGGAAAAGGAGCUCGAGCAGUGGCACUUAGGGCUUCCGGAGAUAGGGCAGCAUUCUACGAUUGCAGUAUCAAGUCGUAUCAAGACACCCUACUUUCCGAAAACGGCAAGCAGUACUACAGCAACUGCUACAUCGAAGGAGCCGUCGACUUCAUAUUCGGAAGCUCAGCCGCCCUUUUCCAGAACUGCCACUUGCACUCGACUGCGGAUGAGGUCGGAUUCAUAACCGCCCACCGGAGGGACAACGCUUCAGAGAACUUGGGCUUCAGUUUCGUGGGUUGCAAGAUAAGCGGCUUAUCAAAGACAACCCUAGGACGGCCAUGGAGCCCCUAUUCCAGGGUUAUCUUUUCCCUUACGCACAUGUCGAAUGUCGUGGCGCCGCAAGGUUGGGAUGACUGGGGUCGGUCGCCCGAAGAACUGAGUACUGUCUACUUCGGACAGUACAGAUGUUGGGGACCGGGAGCCGAUACGUCGCAGAGAGUUAAGUGGGCCCGGGAACUUACGUUCCAAGAGGCUGCGCCGCUUAUGACGAGUGGCUUCAUUGGUGGCAGAUACUGGUUAAGGCAAGCUCCGACCAGGUUCAAUAGUAUAAGUGCACUCCGUUCUUCAAAUGUCACGGCUGCCGGAAAUAACUGAAGUUUUGUAAUAAUUCACAAAGAAAAUGAAAAACACGGAGUAGGUUGUGGUACAUAUUUGUAUUAAGUUUGAAGUGUUUUUUUCUUCACUAAACUGUGAUGUUAUUAAGGGCUCACAUGUGAAUUGAAUUUUAAUUGUAUUUUAUAUUGGAUGUGACUAUAAGUGUUUUAGUCGUUA